CACAGUAAUACCUUAUUCAGACCUGGGUCAAAUUCUUUCUGAUUACUGAGACAUUAUUGGUCAGUUAUUAAUUAUGAGUAGUUAACACACCUUUAUAUUUUCACAGUACUCUUUCACAUGAUUGUACGUUUUGUUAUGGGUUUGUUUUGUUGCAAUACCUUAAGGCACAUUUUAGCAGCAUCUCAUGUUUUUAAAAAUCCAGUGUUUACAAUUUUUAGUAGCAUCUAGUGUUUUGAAUACAUAUUUCACACAGGUUUUACCCUGAUACUAACUUCAAGAAACUGCAUUAAUUUUUGCAUGCCACUUAACUCAGAAAGAAAUAUGACUGCAAAAUUGAAAAAGUAAAAUGUUAGUAAGCAGAGGGAGUGACAGAGAGGGGUGGGGAGGGAUUUCUAUCGGUGGUUUUGUGUAAACAGGCUGUAAUAUAAACAGGAGAUGAGGAAGUGAUAAUGAGAUUAAGGGAAAGGGUGCAACACAAACAAUUCAAACUGAAGCACAGCCACACAGAGAUACCCUGCAUUCAGUGAGAGAACCUGUGCUCACAGAGAGAACCUGCAUCCAGUGAGAGAACCUGUGCUCACAGAGAGAACCUGCAUCCAGUGAGAGAACCUGUGCUCACAGAGAGAACCUGCAUCCAGUGAGAGAACCUGUGCUCACAGAGAGAACCUGCAUCCAGUGAGAGAACCUGCAUCCAGCAAGAGAACCUGCAUCCAGUGAGAGAACCUGUGCUCACAGAGAGAACCUGCAUCCAGUGAGAGAACCUGCAUCCAGCAAGAGAACCUGCAUCCAGCAAGAGAACCUGCAUCCAGUGAGAGAACCUGCAUCCAGUGAGAGAACCUGUGCUCACAGAGAGAACCUGCAUCCAGUGAGAGAACCUGCAUCCAGCAAGAGAACCUGCAUCCAGUGAGAGAACCUGCACUCACAGAAAUACUGCAGAUACAGAGGGAAAGAUACACAGACAUACGGGUAGAUGUGGAUAUGAUGUGGUGAGGCAGCAACAGGAGCAUGAUGAUGAUGAUGAGAUGAAGACAAGACCACCAGCCAGUCACAGAAUUGACGUGGAGCGGGAGAGCCAAUGAAACAAGCCGACGCUGAGAGGCCCCUCCCUCUGGGACUUGACGAACUCUGGCCCUCCUUCUUCAGCCCCACACCCCGGCUCCGCCUAAACACCUUGGACUUCUCAGACCUGUGGGACGAGGAGGACCUGGGCCUGGACAGCGCAGAGGAGAACAGGGCCCUGUCCUCUCAGGACUUCCCAAAAUCAGCUCCUCCUCCUCCACCUGCUCCGCCCCCUCCACCCGCCCCGCCACGCCCUGCCCCGCCCACCAGCCGUACUCUCCGGCUCCACUGGAGGGCGCUGCACCACCUGCCCCUCCUCCCUCGCAUUGGACACUUUGGACCCCAAACAAUCUGGGCGGGGCUUGAACCCGUGGAGCUUGACACCCAAAACCUGGAGCACCUUUUUGAGAGCAAAAACAAUACCCUCAGUGUGGAGGGGGCAAGGAGGAGACAGCACUAUAUCUCUGUGUUGACGGUAAAGCGCAGUAACAUCAUCACCAUCACCCUCAGCAGCCUGCCCCCCCCUCACCUGCUGCCCCCCGCCAUCCUGAGCAUGGACUGCUGUGUGCUGGACCGGGAGGACCUGCAGAAGCUACAGACUCUGGUGCCCAGUCAGGAGGAGCUGUGCCUCAUCCAGGAGGCCCAGGCCCAGUCUCCAGGCUCACCAUUGGCCCCGGCUGAGCUCUGUCUCACCACGCUGGGAGCCAUCCCUCACCUGAGACCAAGGCUUCAGCUCUGGGCCUUUGCUUUAGACUAUGACACACUUGAAAGAGAAAUUGCAGAGCCUCUAUUUCACCUCAAGCAGGCCAUGGAGCAGCUGGCCACCAGCCAGACCUUCCACCGUAUCUUAGCAACUGUGCUAGCCAUCGGCAACUUUCUCAACGGAUGCAAGGCACGGGGGUUCGAGCUCAGUUACCUGGGAAAGCUGUCUCAGGUGAAGGACACACACAGCCGGCAGCCACUGCUUCAGCACGUCUGUGCUUUGCUGCUGCAGCUCUACCCACAAUCCUCGGACCUGCUCUCCGAGCUCACAGCUGUCACACGCGCCAGCAAGUGGGAGUACUCGCAGGUGGGGUCAAACCUUGCGCAGCUGCAGGCCCGCUGCAAGGCAUGCUGGGAGCAGCUGAACCUGCUGGAGCAGGUGGAGGACGGGCAGGAGCAUGCGGAGAGCCUGAGAAAGAAACUCCCUCACUUCCUGAGAGAGAGCGAGGAGAGACUGAGCAUUCUGAAGGCUGUACAUCGCCGAGUCAUCAACAGGUUCCACUCCUUCCUGCUGUAUUUGGGGUACACUCCACAGUCAGUGCGCUCCCUGAGAGCGGAGACCUUCUGCAAAAGCAUCAGCGACUUCGCUCUGGAAUACAAAACCGCUCGACACGCCAUCCUCCAACGAAGGGAGAGAGAGGAGAGGGGCACCCCAAAUACCCCCACCCCUCGCCAUACCCCCACACAGGAGAGUUUGGAGCAGUACAUGUUGGAGGAGAUUCUGCGCACACCUGAAUCCACCCACUUUGACCCCAUUCUGCCCCGUCACCGAAAUAAACACACAGGUGUUCUGUCCCGGAGGCUGAAGUGGUGAGAGGGAAUCUGUCUGGGUGGCACACCUGGAUUCAGGGCACACCUGGAUUCACUGCACACUGGCUGCUCUGAAACUCACCAUUCCACAGACACACCGCCUGCACUUGGAGAAUGAAGAACUAAAGCCUGCAGUUUCUCUCUCUCCAUCUCUCUCUCUCUCUCUAAACUCCAUUGUAGCUCACUGGAGUUCAAACCAAGAGUAGCUUUAUCACACACAUGCACACACCCACACAAUCACACACAUGUAAACACAUGCACAAUCACACACGCACACAAGCACAGUGAAGCUGCUCA